ACAGGCAAAUUAUUGGCUCGUUAAGUCACGUGACAAGCUACCGAUUGCGGAAGUUGCGGUAUAGCUCGCUACUGCUAUACUCAGGCGACAUUUACGAGGAUACGACGCUCACAAAUGACCACAAAAGUCUCGGUUUCCAAUGUUGUGAGAAAUCCAUAGUCGGCGAGAUGCAUAAAGUCGCCGUAUUUGUCAUCUUUUCAGUUACCCUUCUCACGUCGCAGGUAAACUGCCAAGAGGCCAUCCUGCAUAUUUCAAAUGGAGCGACACAACAGGAAUUCUGCAUCCUUUACAAUCAGUCAUGGACCCCCUUGCCCGAAAGCCUUAAUGCUGCUAUACCGUAUUCGCUUGUGAACAUGACGUCCACGGUCCUGUGUGAUUCCUCGGGAGUCAGUCCAGAGGUGGUAAAGGGGAAAGCCUUGGUGGUGAUGAGGGGGGACUGUCCUUUCAGCCAGAAGGCUGUGGUUGCCCAGGCCCUCGGUGCUACGACAUUGCUCAUCGCAAGCAAGACAACUCUGGUCUCUCCAACAGCUAAUGGCUCAGAGUACCUAAAGGUCCAAAUUCCCUUGGCCCUCAUGAGAUACAGGGACUUAAUGGAAGCACAACGGGUUUUCGGCGAUGGCAUGCAGGCAAGGCUUUUUGCGCCACGCUCCUCGAAGAUCGACGCCAGCAUUGGCCUCAUGCUGCUUAUCUCCAUCGCUACCGUUGCCUUAGGCGGCUACUGGAGCGGAGCCUCUGAGAGAGAGCGUUUCAGUUCGGGUGAGGGAGGAGCAAAUGGAGAGAGCAAAGCCGAUAGCGGAGACCUUCCCCUCUACUCCCCUCUGAAAGUGUUUAUCUUGGUCGGCCUCAUGUGCGGCAUGCUGAUCCUCAUGUAUUACUUCUACAAUAUUCUAGUUUACGUCAUCAUCGCCAUAUUCUGUGUUGCGUCUUCCACUGCGCUGUUCAGUUGCAUUGAUGCGCUGCUGGAUAAAUUGGGCUGCGCCCAUGGGAGAUUCACCAUUCUGAAUACCACCUUUUCAGUGAGGUCUCUUAUUUUGGCCAGCAUGUGCAUAAGCAUCUCUGUGGUCUGGGGUGUCUACAGAAACGAAAACAGGUGGAUCUGGAUCUUGCAGGAUCUCCUGGGUGUUGUUUUCUGCCUCAACUUCAUAAGGACCGUCUCGCUGUCCAGUUUUAAGAUCUGCGUGAUUCUCCUGACCCUUCUGCUUGUUUACGAUGUCUUCUUUGUUUUCAUCACGCCAUUCUUCACCAAGGAUGGUGUGAGCAUUAUGGUGCAGGUGGCUUUGGGUCCGGGCGCAUCAGGAGAGAAGACACAAGGUAACAUUGUGGAGGUGCCGGCCGAGCCCCAGACUCCCUCUGAGACACUUCCAGUCGUGAUGCGUGUCCCGCGGUUCUCAGCCUGGGCUCAGAACUUAUGUCAUAUGCAGUUCUCCGUUCUGGGUUAUGGAGAUAUCAUUGUGCCAGGUCUUUUGGUGGCUUAUUGCAGCAGGUUUGACGUUUGGAUCAACAGCACCAGGAAGGUCUACUUCCUCAGCUCUUGUAUAGCCUAUCUUCUGGGGAUGUUAACAACAUUCACCGUGAUGCUGCUGUCAGGAAUGGGCCAGCCGGCCCUGCUCUACCUUGUGCCCUUCACCCUGAUAACCUCUGCGACGGUGGCGGGCUGCAAAGGACAAAUGAAGCAAUUCUGGGCCGGGACGUCCUAUGAGCAGGUGUUGGAAUCCUCCCAGGAACCUUUGUUGCCAGAGGCAAGAACUGACUACCCCAUAGAAGCAGAACCAUGCUGACCUUCAAGCCAACUAUUGGAAUUUCUUUUUAUUUGUAUAUUUUACUAUGUAAUUGACAGUAAGGGCCAAUGAUGAACCAAUAGAUUCAGACCAAUAUGGAUCAUUUUUGACUGCUUUGCAGAGUAGAGUGUGUGUAGGUUAUUUUGUAGUGUUGGAAAGGCCUUUUCAGUGCCUGUUUUGAAGGUAUCAGGAAAAAAAAAAAAACACAUCUUUGCCUACAACCUGCCUUGGCAAUGACUGAACACAUGAUAGAAAACACUAUAUUUAGCGUGACAUCAUGUUUCAUAACAUGUGGGCAAGGCGAGUAAAAUAUUGUUCUAUGUGGGGUCUCGAUUUUAAAAAUGUUUUGUGUGAACCAGGUUUGAGGUGUUUUUAUAAUGUGAUGUUUGUUGCCUUAUAUUAAAUUAACAAGAAUGUUGUAA